AUGGCCGCCAUGGAAUCGCCGCUCGUGCUCGAACGCACCCAUGCUAUCCUCAUCACCCUCGCUAUCGCAGUCGCUGCGUACCUCCUCGCUACUCCCAAGGCUCGUCCCUUGCCCGACAUACCAUGGGUCGGUAAAUCGUCGAGACUGCCGGGCGCUGACACGUGGGCGACGCUGGCGAGCUUCGUCAACAGACGCAAGUGGUUCGCCGAAGGCUAUGAAAAGUACUCACGGCACGGUAAAAGCUUCAUCGUGCCCCACCCGCUAGGCGAGAAGCACAUCACACUGCCGCCCGAGAAGCUGAGCUGGCUACUCGAGCAACCCGACCACGUGGUCAGCGCAGCCGACUUCCACUACGAGAUCCUCGCCGGCCGCUAUGCCUGGACCGACGGUAGCAUAAACCAGAUCCUGUUCCACGAGCAUGUGAUCCACAAGUACAUCGUACGCAGGGAUUCGAGACUCCUUGCCGGCAUGUGGGACGAGAUAGGCACGGCAGUCGACGAGCUGUGGGGGACUUCGCCGGGAUGGCAUGACAUACGCGUACUGGACACCUCAUCAGAGAUGAUACUGCGUGUUGUUAAUCGCGCCCUGGUUGGCUUGCCGCUGUGCCGGAACCGCGACUAUCUCUCCCAUACCAACUCCUUCACCACCAACGUCCUGCUCUGCACUUUCGCCACCCAGCUCGUCCCCCGCUUUCUGCGCGACAUUGUCGGUUAUGCUGUUGGCGCCCCAAACCACUGGCACUACCGGCGCUGCGCACUCUGGACGCUCCCCGUGAUCCGGGAGCGCCUGGGCAUGUUUGCGCAAAUCGAUAACGGCUCCCUCACCGCCGAUGGUCUCCCCGAGGACUACAUCACCUGGCACAUUGAGCUUGCUCGAGCCGAGGGCUGGACCCGCGAACUCGCCCCGGAGUUCAUCGCGCGGAGCUUGAUGGCACUCGAGUUCGCCGCAACCAAAACCCCCGCCGCGACACUAGCCCGUGUGCUUCUCGAUGUGUGUGGUUCCGGGGGACAGAGCGGAUACAUUGACCGCCUACGAGAUGAAGCCGAACAAGUUUUUACCACGCACAACCAGACCUGGUCCAAACAAACGCUGCGCCACAUGGCGUUUACUGACUCGGCAAUCCGGGAGAGCAUGCGACUGACCUCUUUGCUCUUCGCACUGGGGCGCAAGGUGGUGCCAGCGGCUGGUGUGCCCGGGCCAGACAAGGCGUGGGUCGCGCCUCAGGGCUCCUAUCUCACCAUCAACGCCGCCGACCGCCAUCUCGACCCCGCGCUGUAUCCGGACCCAACGCGAUAUGAUGCGUUUCGGUUCGCGCGUGUGCACGAGGGGCAGGAGACAACAGAGGAUGGGCUGCAAGCUAGGAAGAUGGGCAUGACUAGCACAAGCAAGGACUUUCUAGCGUUUGGCCAUGGGCGGCAUGCCUGUCUCGGUCGCUUUCUUGUCGAGCAGAUGCUCAAGAUGCUGCUCGCCUACAUGCUGAUGCAUUACGACAUUGAGUACUUGCCUGCGCGGCCGCCGAAUUUUGUGCUUGGCCCGAUUAAUGUGCCUCCCCCGAAGGCGACAAUCAAGGUUUGUCGGAAGAAGACCGAGGUAGAGUGA